AUGAGUUCGUCUCUACCUCUGAGGCUCCUUCUGCCUCUUACCACAUCCCUGAAUCCUCCUCCUUCUCCGGAUUUUCACGCUCCUUCGCCGCUCAGAUCGCACAACUCCAAUUUCAAUCGCCGAUCCUCUUCGACUACUGCCUCUUGUUCUUCUCAGUGGCAGCUUUUCCCUCGGCGAACACAGCGAUUCAGAUCCUAUUCCCCGUCUAUUCCCAUGUGUUUUCCUGAACACGCAAGAGAUCAAGGCAACGCUGAUAUACAGAGAAAUAAAGAUGACAACAUUACAUGUGGGCUUGAAUCAGAUGAAGAUUCCGGGGGGCUCCGUAUCCCAACUCAGGCUCAGGCUAUAGUUGAAGGACCUGGUUCAGUUGCAGUUUCAGAGCUAAAACCUGCCGUUGAUGUAGAUUACAUUCAAGAGCUAUUGGCGAUACAGCAACAAGGACCUAGAUCAAUUGGCUUCUUUGGGACAAGGAAUAUGGGUUUCAUGCAUCAAGAACUGAUUGAGAUACUUAGCUACGCCAUGGUUAUCACGAAAAAUCAUAUAUAUACUUCAGGUGCAUCUGGAACCAAUGCGGCGGUUAUCAGGGGUGCACUGAGAGCAGAGAGACCAGAGCUGCUUACAGUGAUCUUGCCCCAAAGCUUGAAAAAACAACCUCCUGAGAGCCAGGAACUGUUGUCAAAAGUACAAAACGUGGUGGAAAAGCCACACAACGACCAUUUGCCAUUAUUAGAAGCCAGCAGGCUGUGUAAUAUGGACAUAAUAUCACAGGUUCAGCAAGUGAUAUGCUUUGCGUUUCAUGACAGUAAGCUUCUCAUGGAGACGUGUCAAGAAGCUAAAAACCUCCGCAAGAUCGUCACUCUCUUCUACCUAGACUGA